GCUUAAAUAUAUAUGCUAGGUGACCUAACAUGUGGAUCUUGAAGAAUUUGAAAUUUGUGUUUUGAGUUUAACACAACUCAUAAAACUGGAUUUUAAGAUGACCAUUACCUUUACGUAUAAACACUUGUUCAAAUCAUCUUUUAUCUAAUGAUGAGACUGUGUUUCAGUAGUUGAAGAUCAUUAUUCCAUUGUUUAUUCCAAUCAUACAACCCAUACUCCUUCCAAUCUCCUUAGCACUAUAACUACUGGAACCGUAUCUAUCCUCAUAUCACACCCUAUCAGUGCCAAAAACAAUAAGCCAUGGAGUACCAAACACUUCUACUAGUGAUUACCUCUUUGUGUACAACCAUUCUCAUCUUCAUUCUUAGAAAAUUAAUCCAAACCCAAAAUUCUACUAAACUUCCACCAGGGCCAUACCCACUUCCCAUCAUAGGAAACAUCUUAGAACUUGGCAAAAACCCACAUAAGGCACUCACAAAACUCUCACAAAACUAUGGACCAAUCAUGACACUAAAACUAGGAACAAUAACAACCAUAGUAAUUUCAUCUCCACAAGUAGCCAAACAAGCCUUACAUGAAAAUUCCCAAAUCUUCUCUAAUAGAACUGUUCCACAUGCACUUAGUGCAGUUGAUCAUGACAAAUUCUCAAUUGGGUGGCUUCCAACAUUAGCUUUAUGGAAGAAACUAAGGAAAAGUUGUGCCACAAAUGUAUUUUCUAAAAAAAUGCUUGACUCAACAAAAAACCUUCGCCAACAAAAGUUGCAAGAAUUAUUGGAUUAUGUGAAUGAAAAAAGCAACAAAGGUGAGGUUUUUGAUAUUGGUGAGGCUGUUUUUAACACUGUUCUUAAUUCAAUUUCAAACACUUUGUUCUCUAUUGAUUUGGCUGAUUCCAAACCUGAUAAAAAGUCUCAAGAGUUUGAGAACAUUAUUUGGAGUUACAUGGAAGCAGCUGGUAGGCCUAAUAUUUCAGAUUUCUUUCCAAUUCUUCGUCCUUUUGAUCCACAAGGUGUGCAUGCAAAGAUGACCAAUUGUAUAAAAAAGUUGUGUGAUAUUUUUAAUGGAAUUAUUGAAGAAAGAAUUUGUUCAAGAGCUUCCAAUGGUGAUUUUGAGGUGUUCAAUGAUGUGUUGGAUUCACUUCUUAAUAGCAACAAUAUUAUUGGAGAAAGCACUUAUGAAUUGAGCCGCAAUGAGAUGGUGCAUCUUUUUCUGGAUUUGUUUGUUGCUGGUAUUGACACAACAUCAAGCACGAUUGAAUGGAUUAUGGCGGAGCUAUUACGUAACCCUGACAAAUUAACAAAAGUAAGAAAGGAGUUAUGUCAAGCAAUUGGAAAAGAUGAAACUGUUGAAGAAUCAAAUAUUUCCAAGUUACCUUACUUACAAGCAGUUGUGAAGGAAACCCUUCGGUUGCACCCACCAGCUCCAUUAUUGCUGCCCCAUAAAUGUGAGGAAACUGUGAGCAUAUUAGGCUUCAUUGUGCAAAAACAUGCACAAAUAUUAGUCAAUGUGUGGGCCAUGGGAAGAGAUCCAACCAUUUGGAAAAAUCCAGAUAUGUUUAUGCCUGAAAGAUUUUUGGAGUGUGACAUUAAGUAUAUGGGUAGCAAUUUUGAGCUUAUACCGUUUGGAGCAGGCAAAAGAAUUUGUCCAGGGUUGCCAUUAGCUCAUAGAACUAUGCAUUUGAUUGUAGCAUCUCUUCUACGCAAUUUUGAAUGGACACUUGCUGAUGGGCUAAAGCCAGAAGACAUGAAUAUGAAGGAGCAAUUUGGAAUAACUCUAAAGAUGAUUCAAUCUCUUCGAGUUCAAGUUAAAUCAUCUGAUUAGGUGGAUAUACAUUAUUUUGGCAUGUCU